AUGGAGACUGGUAGUUCCGCCGCAUUUCGAUGCGCAUGGGAAUCCCGUGCUGGCAAACCGGGCUUGACAUUGGCAGAUUCUGCCGAGCUUUCCUUGCCUACUGGUGCUGUAUGCAAGUCACUCCCCAAUGUACCAGCUGAGCAGAUUCAUGAAAGUGCGGAAGGCUACUCCUUUGUGUCUCUAGCCCGGAGUCAAGAGUUGAUCACUAUGCGCACGAUCAGACCGUUCAUCUUGAUCCUCAAAGGCUUUGUCAAGCACAAGUUGAAAGAAGGAGUUGAGGACGAGCAACGUGUUAGCCAACUGAUUCUGACUGUGUUUGAUCAUGUAUCGAGCAAGGAAGAGCCCCGUGCCCUCACAUUGAUCAACUUGGCGGCCGAUGGCUGUGACUACAUCUGUAAGACACAUCAUGAAAGCGCCCUUGAGCUGUCCGACGAGGUCAAGAUCCCUGUUUUCAUCGAGAUUCGAAAAUCCGAAGCUGCCCCUGCUGAUUGGAAUUCUUUUGGCAGCGCAGAAGCCUUUGCAGUGUAUUCAGAAUCGCUUAUGAAGUCGACUGCUUUGUCUCAUCGUGUGGUGCUUCACAAAGUCGUCGAAAAGGAUGAGUAUACUAUGAGAAGGGCACUUGUGCCAAUUGAAGCCAGAGACACGCUGUACCGCAAGUCUGGCCAAUGUAGUGUCCAGAUCCGCGCAGCUCGCUUGCCGACGGAUCCCAGUGAGACUGGUUUGGAGGUGAUGCGUGUCUACGGGGAGAGAGAUUUAGCAGCAGUUACGCGUGCUGGUGAAAGCAUUCCUGGUUGGCUAGGUGCAUUUGCUAGCAAUGGUGCUUUCUACAUUCGGGCUGAUGACAAGCACAUCAAGGAAGCCAGAAGAUUCUGGUUUGAGGCAGAUGAGAGGUUUGAUGAUGACAAUAUCGCCCUCAAGUGUGCGAAGCAGUUUCGGGUACAGGGUUUUACAGCUGGGACUACAUGCAAGGAUGUGCGAGCCACUUUGAAAGCGGCUGGUUGGAAUGUAGUCCCAUUACGUGUGAUCCACAUCCAGGAACUGGCCACAGCAGUUGUUGCUUCAGACAAAGACCCAGCAUCUUGGAAGAUUGCCUCAUCGUUGGGCACUCUUCUGAUCACUUCCGAGGAACGCAGGAUAGAGCAGCUAGAGGUGGAGAUGAAGGGUGUCCAUCAGAGCAUCGCAGGUCUGGAAGAAGGCCAGAAGAACACCAACGUCAAGUUGCAGAGCUUGCAAGAUUCUCAAAACACAGGCUUUUCCCAGCUGUUAGAUGCGAUCAAGGACAUCAAGGGCGAGAUUGCUUCCCACUCGUCGCCAACCAAGCCGCAAUCCCCGCUGCACAAAGCGCAGCGGAAAUAG